AUGUCUGAUAAUCAAGAAGAUAAGACUGAAACUGUGAAGACCUGUGACAACAAUACUGCAACCAACAGUUUGAGUCCUCAGAAUAACAAAGAAACAACAGAUGCCAAUGUCAAAGAGGAUGAGUGUAGUAAACUGUUGGAAAAUCUAAUUGAAGAUGAGGAAGCCGUCAAAUGCAAUGAUGUCGACAAAAAAGCCAAUGAGGAUAUCAAGGACUCAACUGAUAUAGUAAACGAUUGUGAGGCCUCGGCCGCUCAACCUUCAGACAUUAUGAUUAAUACCGUAAUGGCUAAGAACGAUGAAAACAAAGAUAUAACUGAAAAUAGCGAGCCAAAAGAAUUAGAUAUUACUGAUAGCCCAGCCGAAGACAUCAAGCAGAUUAUAUCUAUAAAGGAAGAAUUCAAAGAAACGCAAAUAAAAAUGGAAGUGACUGAGGGUAAACAACCUGACGGCCAUCAAACGAGAAAUUUAUUCGAAACAGUAGGACUAGUUCUUCGUUCAAGUGCAAGUCAAGCAGAUUCAAAUCUAGAAACAGAGGAAGUUAUCGAGCCGAAGGAUGAUAAGAAUCACUCGCCUGAUUCUACUCUCAACGUACCUGAAUCUGCACAGGAAGGAACACCGUCUUACUGUGAAUUCUGUGGCUUCCCAGCUGCUAACCCUGAUGUUUACCGUAACCACAUGAAAUUCCACGACAGAACUAACGCAACAUACACCUGCUAUAUCUGCAGUAUGAAGUACAAGAAGAGGAGCACUGCGGUGGAACACUACCAGAACACUCACAAUCUCACUGAAGCUGAGCUACGGAAUUGUCAGACUUGCAAGUAUGUCACUUCGGAUGAAGCCGGUCUUAAAGAGCACAUCCGGAAACAUUUUCUAAUCCGACCGCACGCCUGUGGUAUUUGUUAUCAGUCAUUUGCCACUGUCCACAAUUAUCAUCGACAUAUGGAAACAAAGCAUACGGAUGUAGAGAAAACCGAUGUUGGGUACACCAAGCCUAUUUCUAAGAGAAGACGGGGUUCAAAUAUUAGUCAAGGUAGAGCUUCUAAUUCUAAUAAAAGGUCCAGGCAAAAUUCAAAAGUAGAAGAAGUUGUUAAACCAUCACCAGAAGAAAGCAAAAGUAGUAAGUCAAAACCAGAGAAGCCAAAAUCACCGGCAGAACCUGAGCCAGAAGAACCCAAACCAGAAGAAUUAAAACCAGAAGAAUCACAGCCAGAAGAAUCACAACCAGAAGAAUCCAAACCAAAAGAAUCCAAACCAAAAGAAGAAGAUGAUAUAAUCCAACCGAAAAACUACUUUGUUUUGCCGACCAAAACGUUAAAUCUUGUAUGCUCAUUUUGUGAAACUACCACACUCAACAAAAGGGAACUUAGUCAACAUCUUUUGUCAAAACACGGGGAUGAAAUCAUAACCCUCAAGCCUUUCUGA